AAAAAACUUUGCUGCUUCUGUCAGCCAGCGCGGCACCCUUAGCCUGCCCUGAUUGACUCAGGAAAGGGAAUGGCUAUGUAUGGUUGUCAACAAGGCGAUCAAAUUCACGUGAUCAUCACGUGCGGUUCACGAGUACAAGUCGUCAAGCUUGCGCAUUCAGAGUCCUUUGAUUUUACCAAUGCCACAACAACCUGCAGAUAGCGACGAUGAAUUUCCAGAUGAUAUCGGACAGCUGGACUUGAGCAACGUCCCAGGUCUUCAGGAAAUUCCGGUCGCAGCUUCGAUCAGACCUUUGGAUCAUCCGAGUCUUCCUCCCGCCGUGAUCGUACCAACGCCGCCAUCGCAAUCAUCUACGUCAACCCUGCCUUCCGAGUAUGACUGCGACGAUGAGAUAGAUGAGUCAACCAUCGCCGCUUUGGAUGCUCUCGAAGCACAGUUCGCGCAUGGUCAACCUCGACUCGGGGCUUCUCCUUUGACUGCUCAGCCGUUGAUUGGUACUCGCGCUGAUGACCGCAAGCGCGGACCGCCGUCACCACAAACAUCGCCCACCAGUAAAAAAGGCAAGAUAGGUGCCGAAGACAGCCUUGACGCAACAAACAACAUAAUCGAGGGAUUCGAAACCGAGAUUAUGUGUCCAAUAUGCUUUGAUAUCAUGGUCGCAGCACACCUAUGCAACCCUUGCGGGCACAGCUGCUGCGGAGAAUGCGCUCAAGCGUGGAUAUCCCAGAAUAAAGCGUCUCCGGCAUGUGCAGUAUGCCGUGCUGCGUUGUUUCCGACCAAACCACUUCUUCCUAAUUAUUCCCUUGACGCCGUAGUCCAGCAAUACAUCCGUGUUAUUGCCGUCAGCGGACGAUCAGAAUGGCAGGAGAAGGGAGACAGGUUAGCAGAGUGGAGGAAGCGUCACGACAAAUGGAGGAGAAUUUCCCAAGCGAAUGCACUAGUGGUAAAAGCAAAGGAAAAUACUCGUCAUAGAAGGCGUUAUCAAGGCGCUAUCGUUUCUUACAUGCCACCGGUUUAUGAACCUCUCGGAUCGUAUUAUGAUGACGAAGAUGACGAAGAUGAAGACCCAACCUAUGAAGACGAUGAGAUUGUGGAGAUUUUACCGCGCCGAAGAGUACUGAGACGGUAACCAACGUUCGUUCCAUAGCCUAUAUUCUCCCAUUCAAUAUCCCCUAUCGUAAUUGUUACUUGUAGUAUCGUAGUCGUAGUUCACGUCGCCAGCCAUUCGCCAUAUAUCAGUCAAGCCUGCUACACUUGUUUCGCUGUUUGAUGUACAUGCACCACGGUGCGUGCUAUACGCCACAGCUUAAGUGCGAGACAAAUUGUGAAGUACCUUG